GACAGAGAGAAUUGACGAGUGUUAAUAUGGUGCUGUUCACCACUAAGUUUGUCCAGAGAGCUUCGCUCUUUGUGUCCUUUGGAGGUUUAAUCACAACGUUAAUUACAACCUUCCUGCCACUAUGGAAGACGAUGAACUCAGAUUUGAAUGAGAUGGAGAACUGGUAUGAGGGUCUCUGGCACAUGUGUAUCUACACAGAGGAAGUUGGUGUGCACUGCAAAGCCUUUGAAUCUUUCUUAGCCUUGCCACCAGACACUUUAGUUUCACGGGUUCUCAUGUGCAUUUCCAUUGCAACUGGAUUUCUCGGUGUAGCGGCUACUUUUUUUGGACUCCAGGGUGUUGAGAUUGGUGCCGGGCGGGAGAGGAUGAAGAGGGCGCUGCUCAUCCUCGGUGGAGUGUUUAUCCUUGUGUCAGGGAUCACGACCCUUGCACCCGUUUCAUUGAUGGCAUACCUAAUGGUAGUGAAAUUCUGGGAUGAGAAUCUUCCUGAUGUGAUGCCCAGAUGGGAGUAUGGAGAGGCCAUGUUUUCUGCCUGGUUUGCUGGACUUCUGUUAGUUGUUGGAGGGGCUUUUCUCUUUGUUGCCGUCUGCAUGGGCGAUCAUGAAGCUAAGCUGCAAAAUAAAAUUCUCGCUCGCAAUCAAGAACAGCGGCCGAGAACUCUGCAUUACCGAAAGACGGAAAUCAUAUAGGUUCGGAAAAUUCAAGAAUGCAACUCAGCUUAACUAAAUCAAAAAGGCCGGACUUGUUAUAAAAUAUUGAAUUUACUUGCAUGGUGAUUUUUCAUGGUGAUCAUCACCCUCAAAUGAUACAUGUAGUAAUGCUUCAGUUCUUAUUUCAUAGGAAUAGAUCUCUGCAGACUUGAGAGAUUUGUGAGCUGUCAUUCAUAAAGAAUACUAAAACUCUGCAAAUCAUUUUGUUGCACAGGAUGGCAGCUGAUUUAUUUGCACUGUUAAUGCGUUGCACCAAGUAUUUGGACAGAAUUAUUCACAUGUUCUGAAGCUUUUAAGUGCCUUUCAAAGCCAUCUUUGGAAAACAAAUCAGUGGCCUAUUGGUAUUUUUACAUAAUGAUAGAUUUAAAAACAUUAUCCCAGUAUAGUAAAAAUAAAGAAUGUGAAAUUUCUCUUUUUUUUUUUUUUUGUCAUUUUAUUUUAUUUUAUUUUAUUUUAUUUUAUUGUUUUAUUUUUAUUUUAUUUUAUUUUGUUUUAUUUUUAUUUUAUUUAUUUCAUUUUUUUAUUUUAUUAUUUUGUUUUAUUUUUAUUAUUUUGUUUAUUUUUAUAUUAUU